AUGACUAAGAAAGCUGCUACUCCGAUGAGAAAUACAGGCUCUUAUGCUGAGAAUCGUUCAAAAAGAAUUAACGAUCCUAGGCGUUCUAAGGAAUAUGUUGAUUCGAAGAGUAAACAACAAGAAAAAUUGAAAAAUGUAUCUAAAUUUUUGGUUACCAAGCACCCUGUUGUGGCACCAUCUAUGUGUAGAUACACGAAUGUUAAUCAGUUGGAUGUACAAGCACAGAUUUUUCGGUGCUUUAUGGUCAAAGAACUUAGGGGCAGUACAUAUAGGUGCUUUACAUUUGAAAUAAAUGGUAAAGUUCUGCGUUUUGGCCUUAGAGAAUUUGCACUGACCACUGGGCUAGAUUGUGUAUCUGACGAAAAUGAUUUUGUUUAUGAUAACUCAAAACCGAAUAGGCUUAUGGUUGAGUAUUUUGGUAGAAAUCAGGAGAACCAAUUGCCAGUUAAAAGACACGAGCUUAUUGAGUGUUUCAACAAGACUGUCUGGGAUGAUAAAGGGGAUGACGCAGUCAAGAUGGCAAUAUUGUAUUUCAUAAAUACGUGGGUACAUUGUGGUGAGCCGAACUCAACAAACAUACCAAGGAUCCAUUUUGAUGUUGUAGAGGACGGGAGAUAUAAUGAGUAUCCUUGGGGUAAAGAUUCGUUUAGAGAGUUGGUUGUAAGCAUCGGGCAGAAAUAUGCUGGUUUUAAGAAAUAUUAUAGGAUUCAUGGUUUGCCGCUUGCUAUGCAAGUAUGGUUGUAUGAAUGUUGCUCAAAAGUCCCGUCCACCAUUGCAGUUAAGACGGGGAAUUUAAUUCCUAGAAUUUUGAACUGGCGGACUACGGAAGGAAAACCAGAAUUCAAGAGAUUGAUGGAUGGCAUGUUCAGAGACGAUAAAAAUCCGUCCUGUAGAUUUGAGGAAGUUGUGCCAACACCCCAUGAGUUGGAAACUCUUAAAUUGCCUCAUGUUGCACAUGAUAUACCAGACGUCAAACAUGGAGUUGAUGGUGUACAUGGUAUUGAUUUGGUAGAUGAUGAUUACGAUGAUUUUAGUACCACACCACCGCAUCUGUCCAGUGGCAAACAGCAACAAAGGAGUGCCAAUUCUGAUUCCCCGCGAGGAAACAACCAUCACGGAAGGAAUCUGGGAUAA